AUGAUUUUUUUCACUGUAGCUCACAUCGGUAGCAACACCAAGCGAAAGAGCAGAGGUAGAAGUAGCAGCAUCCCAGAGAGAGCAUCCCAGAGAGAGCAUCCCAGAGAGAGCAUCCCAGAUAGAGCAUCCCAGAGAGAGCAUCCCAGCAAGAGCAUCCCAGAGAGAGCAUCCCAGCCAGAGCUUCCCAGAGAGAGCAUCCCAGCAAGAGCAUCCCAGGGAGAGCAUCCCAGAGAGAGCAUCCCAGAGAGAGCAUCCCAGCCAGAGCUUCCCAGAGAGAGCAUCCCAGAGAGAGCAUCCCAGAGAGAGCAUCCCAGCCAGAGCAUCCCAGAGAGAGCAUCCCAGAGAGAGCAUCCCAGAGAGAGCAUCCCAGAGAGAGCAUCCCAGAGAGAGCAUCCCAGAGAGAGCAUCCCAGAGAGAGCAUCCCAGCAAGAGCAUCCCAGCAAGAGCAUCCCAGCAAAAGCAUCCCAUAGAGACCAUCCUAGCAAGGGCUUCCCAGAAAGGUCCUCCAGCAUCCCAGCAUCCCAGACGUCCAUCCCGCCCACGGACCCUGCAGCCUCCCGCAGAACCGCAUCGCCACAGUUCCUCAUCUUGCAAACUCUGCGAUCAGGACCCUCGGCUUCAACGGAGGGAAUGCAGAGCAACAAUCAACAUUUGUGCUAG